AACGAAAUCAACACAGCAGUUUUCUACCAUUAUAUGCUACUGUCUGAAACAACACCUUUACAUGCCAUUGUGGUCAACUUCAAUUGAACCUUGUGCCCUUCACUGUCGACGCACGAUUAUUGCCAGUUAAAGCAAGUAUAAAUGGCUGUUUUUAUUCCCGCCUCCAAACGGCCAAUCCUGGGUCUGCCGUUUCUUCUUCCAUCGUGCGAGUUGGUUUCUCUCGAGUUACGACGAAGUCAAUCUUCAUACAGACGUACAAAGCAACGCCUACGUGUGAAGCCAGAUGCUUCUUUUGGUUCUUCCUCCGAUACCACUCAAGAUCACAUCAUCUACAACCCCCCAUCGAGCGCUCCGUCCGUUUAUCAUACACCGAUAAAGUUUCUCCCUGCAAACGAUAUCCGGAAAGCCCUGCGCCCUAGCAACUCUACAACCCCCGAGAAACCCCAAGAGCUCCCCUCGGUAUUCAAGACACCAAUUGCUGAGAAAAGAUACCACUUGAGCCCUUCGGAUAUAGAGGAAAUCCGCAAACUCAGGUUGAGCGACCCAAUGACCUGGAGCCGGUGGAAGCUGGCUAAGCGGUUUGAGUGCUCUCCUAUGUUUGUGGCUAUGGUGUGCGAAGCAAGUCCGCAGAAGAAGGAGAUCCAAAAGCAAGUUUUGGAAGCAGUGCAAUCAAGAUGGGGCGCGAAGCGUCGGAUGGCGAGAGAAGACCGACAAUUGCGGAAAGAGACCUGGGGAAGGGACGAAUAAGUCCGAACCUGAUGUGUCAACAUACCUUGUUUCCAUGCAAUCACUCUAUCCCCCAUCUGGCCCUUUCAUUCAAUCUUCUAGGAGACUUCAAGUUGUGAAGUUGCAUUUGCCAUGUACAGUAACUGGGACCUAUUUUGCACUAUGUAUUCUAGCAUUAUUCAUUACCCAAUUUAAAUAGUAAAGUACCAUUGU